GUGAAGUGGAGCUACAUGAUGGCGGAGAGAGGGGAGUUCCAGGUUUCAGCUCUCUAACUCACACCACAGCCUGUCUUUUGGUCAAACAACGGUGAGAGGUCAAACCCAGCAUGAACCUUCCACAGCCCGCCCCCCUCAUUCCCCCCGUCCACCCUGACGUGCAGAUGAAGCCCCUCCCCUUCUACGACGUGCUGGACGUCCUCAUCAAGCCCUCCAGUCUGGGAGCCAGUGCUGCUCAGAGAUACCACCAAGAAAAAUAUUUCAUCUUUGCUCUGACGCCACAGCAAGUUAGAGAAGUCUGUAUCUCCAGGGACUUUUUACCAGGAGGACGGAGGGACUACAUGGUCCAGAUCCAGCUGAGGUUCUGUUUGUCAGAAACGAGCUGUCCUCAGGAUGACAACUACCCCAACAGUCUUUGUAUAAAGGUCAAUGGGAAACUCUUCCCUCUGCCUGGUUACGCUCCACCUCCAAAAAACGGCGUUGAGCAGAAGAGACCGGGUCGACCUCUGAACAUCACCUCGCUUGUCAGACUCUCGUCGGCCGUGCCCAACCAGAUCUCAGUCACAUGGGCGCCUGAGAUUGGAAAGACUUACUCCAUGUCCGUGUACCUGGUGAGACAGCUGACGUCUCCUCUCCUGCUGCAGAGACUGAGGAUGAAGGGCAUCCGGAACCCCGACCACUCCAGAGCUCUCAUCAAAGAGAAGCUGACAGCAGAUCCAGACAGCGAGAUCGCCACCACCAGCCUCAGAGUCUCCCUCAUGUGUCCGUUAGGUAAGAUGAGGCUGACGGUGCCGUGUCGGGCGGUCACCUGCUCUCACCUGCAGUGUUUCGAUGCCGCGCUCUACCUGCAGAUGAACGAGAAGAAACCCACCUGGAUCUGCCCGGUGUGUGACAAGAAGGCGGCGUACGAGAGUCUGAUCAUCGACGGUCUGUUCCUGGAGAUCCUGAACGACUGCUCCGAUGUUGAUGAGAUAAAGUUCCAGGAGGACGGGACCUGGUGUCCAAUGAGGCCAAAGAAAGAGUCUGUCAAGGUCUCCUCUCAGUCCAUCCCAAAAAUAGAGACGGCGCCUCCUGUGCGUCAGUCGGCGGUGGUCGCUCCUCCUGCUGAGCCGAGCUCCACAAAGAAAGCUGACGUGAUCGACCUGACUCUGGAGAGCUCCUCCUCCUCUGACGAUGAAGAGGAAGCUGAUCCUCCUCUGAAGAAACGCUGCGUGUACAUCUCUAAGAACGAGGAGAUGCACUCCAAAGGCGUGUUGACCUACCAGCCCACCGUACGCGUCCCCAACGUCCAGGCUCUGGAUCCGUCGUUUCUGACGUCCACGCUGGCUGAAUAUGCGGUCCCCUUCCACCCGUCCACACUGGCCCCCAUCCCCGCAGACAUGCAGAGUCUGGAUUUGUUCUCCUUAAUCCAACCAGAUCCCCAGCACUAUCGUCCUCAGAUGUUCCUGGAUAAUCUGACCAGCAGCAUGCAGAGUGCCGCCAGCACAAGCUCCGCCCUCGUCUCCUCUUCCACCGGACAUUACGACUCCAGUUCCCAUGCUGCCACGUCGCUGCAUGAGACCCGGGUCAUCACUGGAGGAGGGGGGCCAGCGGGGGGAGGGACGGACAGCGGCAUCUCAGACAUCAUCUCGUUGGACUGAUGACGGCCCGGUGGGCCGGACUGAGGCUGCAGAACGGACAGGAUAACGCCAUCAGGACGGGAUCACGUGACGUCUCUGCUGUGACAGGACGAGGACAGACUCGCCGCGCUCAGCUGCUCAUGGACGGCGGCUUUCUUAAGCCCUUUUUGUACUAAACAGAAUCAGAGCGCUGGACGUCAUGGCGUCCUGAUGAUGCUAUUUGUUCCUGAGGUCUCCUACCAGGACCAGGAGCAUCUGGGUCUCUGUCCUCCUGUGGUUAAAAUAUUUAAUUCAUGACUGCCUUCACCGCUCCACGGGCUCACCGACAUCCCAGCACGCCAACACAUCAACGGACGAACGUUUGUCAUAGAGAGGAGCGUCUUUUCCCAUCAUCACGUUCUCAGAUAUCCCAGAUUCAGUCGACUAUUAUCUCAGAAUGAAGAGAUAUUUCUACCAGCCUCUGGUUGUAGUUCAGUGUUACAGCCAGACGGUGGCAGUAGAGCAUCACACAGAUAAGACUGCACAGAAACCACUGCCACCAUUUUGACAGGGGGAGGAGCCUCAUGUCUCUGUGACUCACAGCUGUCUCUCUAUUGGAUAAAAACCUGAACAGAGUUUUUAUAAAGUUUUGGUAUUUUUUUAAUUAUUGAUCAGUAAUCGAUGAACUGAUCGUCAUUAUUGAUCACUGAAAUAAACGGUGUUUACAUGGACUUUAGUAUCCUGGUUCUGACAGAGACCAGGAUCCUGUGUUAACAGAUAAACCUGGUUCUUCAUAUCCUCACAGACCUGACAGAGACCAGGAUCCUCACAGACCUGACAGAGACCAGGAUCCUCACAGACCUGACAGAGACCAGGAUCCUCACAGACCUGACAGAGACCUGGAUCCUCACAGACCUGACAGAGACCAGGAUCCUCACAGACCUGACAGAGACCUGGAUCCUCACAGACCUGACAGAGACCUGGAUCCUCACAGACCUGACAGAGACCAGGAUCCUCACAGACCUGACAGAGACCAGGAUUCUAAGUUCCAUGGUUACACAGUCAUGAGAUCCUGUCUUUCUAAACUCAUGGUAUUGAGAAAGUAUGGACAUGUCUGUAAUGGCGCUCUAUUGGACACACAGUAGGCUGGUCAGACAGUCAUUCAGAGCUUCUCAUUGGCUCUUUCAGAUGCCUCCUUUCUCUGUUUCCGGGCAGAUUUCAGUAAAGCCUUUGUUUUGAAGUCAGAGCAAUAAUGUUUGAGUCAGUGGAGUUUGAUUGAGGUUGUAAAUGUGGCUGACACUCUUCAUGGUCCCAGAAUCCUCCCUCCUAUAGGAUUAUAAUGUUAGAUCAGCUCAGGCUGUCCUGAUUGGAGGAUUAUAAUGUUAGAUCAGCUCAGGCUGUCCUGAUCGGAGGAUUAUAAUGUUAGAUCAGCUCAGGCUGUCCUGAUUUGAGGAUUAUAAUGUUAGAUCAGCUCAGGCUGUCCUGAUCGGAGGAUUAUAAUGUUCGAUCAGCUCAGGCUGUCCUGAUCGGAGGAUUAUAAUGUUAGAUCAGCUCAGGCUGUCCUGAUCGGAGGAUUAUAAUGUUAGAUCAGCUCAGGCUGUCCUGAUUUGAGGAUUAUAAUGUUAGAUCAGCUCAGGCUGUCCUGAUCGGAGGAUUAUAAUGUUAGAUCAGCUCAGGCUGUCCUGAUCGGAGGAUUAUAAUGUUAGAUCAGCUCAGGCUGUCCUGAUCGGAGGAUUAUAAUGUUAGAUCAGCUCAGGCUGUCCUGAUUGGAGGAUUAUAAUGUUAGAAUCAGCUCAGACCGUCUUUUGUCUGUAGUCUAGUCCAAGAUUUUAGUUUGUCUAACCAGCAGGGGGUGCUGCUCUGGAUUCUAAGAUCAUGUAAGAGUUUAGUUUAAUGUUAGUUCAGAUUUAGGACACAGUGGUCGGUAGGUUACUGUGGUCACUGAGAGCUCAGAAAACUGCUGUCUGAUUGCUCUGAUGAGAGUGAUGAUGAUGAAGAUGAUGAUGGUGAUGAUGGUGAUGAAGAUAGUGAUGGUGGUGAUGAUGAUGAUGAUGAUGAUGAUGAUGAGGGUGAUGAAGAUGGUGAUGAUGAUGAAGAUGGU